AUGAUUAAUGAGGGUGUCUCCCAUAGGGAAUUGCUUAAUGAUUCAGAACCUGGUCAGGCUAAGAAAAGUACUGCAGGUGGAAGCAACAAGAGGUUGAAGACUGAGAAGGGUGUUUCCAGUAGUCUUGUUGUGGCUUCUAAAAUUGAAAAGAUGCUUCCUUUGAUGGAGAAGACGUCCAUGAACAUAGAGAGGAUGGCUAACAGCUUCUUUCAUGAAGAUCCAUUGAUGAUUAGGAAGGGUACCUUGUUUGAGGAGUUGUCCAAUGUUGAGGGUUUGUCACAAGAUCAAGUGAUGUCGGCUGCAAUGAUCCUUAUGAAGGAAGAUAGGCUUUCUCAGUUGUACUACCAACUACCUACAAAUGAAGAAAAGCUGUGCUUUUUUGUGCGUUUAAUCAAUUAA